GUGACUUGACUCGAGGGCGCGAGGCUUCCUCGUGGUUUCCUCCGCGAGGCUGAGACGCCACGCCGGCGGCGGCCUCCACGUCGUCUUGCUCCUCCCCUUCUCUUCCCCUCUUUCCUCGCCGCUUUAUAACCCAAGCCCCCCGAAAUUUCAGAGCAGAAACUCACCGUCGACCCACCCCACCCCACCAAGGGAGAGAGAGAGAGAGACAGCCAAGAACUCGCCGUGACCCAACCGCGGCCGCAGAGGAGAGGGAGAGGAGGAGGGGAUGCUUCCGGGCGUGGAGCUCGCGCGGCGGCGCCGCGUGCACUACCACGGCGACGUCGCGGCAGUGGGGGAGCACCACCACCACGGACACCAGCACCACGCGGCCGCCGUGGGCGGGAUGGCGGGGCCCGCGCUGGCGGCGCGCAUCCGGCUCGAGGAGAAGCUCCGCGGCGCCACGCCGCCCUCGCCGUCAAGGUGGGGCAGGCUAAUGCGGGACGGAAGAGCAACCUCCAGACAUCAGAACCACCAAGAACACCAGCAGCAGCAGCAGGGGCAAGAAAUCCUAGCAACCAGAUCCGAACUCUGGCCACCUCCCAAUUCAGUGACCCUGGAGACGGCAUCGACAAGCCGCGCCGAACUCAGGCGGACUCUGUCCAUGGUCGACGUCUGUGCGGUCUGCCUCGACGAGGUCAGGGAGCGGCACCAGCGAGUGACCAGGCUGCCGUGCUCCCACAAGUACCACUCUGAGUGCGUCCUCCCGUGGCUGGCCAUCCAGCCGGACUGCCCCUGCUGCCGGACGCUUGUGCCGUCGGUGGACACACUCUCCUAGCUCGUGCUGCUGCAGAUUUUAGCUUACACUGAAAAGGGGGAAAAAGCUGUGGUAACGUGUCUCUCCUCAUCUGCUGAUAUGGACUAACUUAGAGGCCAUGAUAGAGUUUUUUUUUUCUUUCUGUUUUAUGUUUGUGUAGACUGCAAGUUCGCUUGCACCAUAGAGAGGGUUUGGUAAUUAGAGCUUUGGGAGAGAAGUUUCUGUGAUGUAUUCUGUUAUUAUAUUUUUGUGUGAAUUACCAGAGCUUUUAUUAACUAGUAAC